AUGGAAAACACGCCGCCGGACGAGCUGAGCCCGUUUACCAUGCGCAGCGCAUCGCUAUCCCACAACGCCGACAAUAUCUUGGAUAAUACCCGCAAGCACAAGAACAUGGACAGAGAGAGUGGCCUCGCGACACCGCAGGUAGCCCCGCUGCACCCCAGCCAGAUGCUGAUCAGCCCGCCGCCUGAGGAGUUUUUAAGAGGCAGUCUGCGGCACUUGCCGGCCAGGGAGAUGUCGCCCAGCCUACCGCGAUCGAGGACAGCCCCGCUCGCGAGCAAGCCGAAACGCAAGCGCGCGCAGGUGCCGACGCAGGCGGCGUCGGCGUCCCCAGAGGGCGACGUCGAUGCUGAGAUUAGCAAAACACCCAACCCGAAACCCCGCAAACUAUCCAAACGCCAAGCAGAUACCCGCCUCGCCUCGCAGUCCUCGCCCACCCGCCCGCGCCGGCGCGCCAACUCAACCCAACCAAACCCUGGCGCCUCCGCUCGCCGCACACCCGUCCCGCGCAUCUCACACACCGAUCCCGUCUCGCCCACCCGCGCCGCGCGCUACUCCCCGCCCCGCGAGCGGUUCACCCCGCCGCGCGAGGUGCUGCUCGAAUCCCCCACCAAGUCCAAGUCCACCGCGAAACCCAGGCAGAGAAAGUCGCAUGCCGCAGGGAGCGCGAGUGCGAGGAAGAGCGAGGCGGCGCGGGUGAAGGUGUAUGUGAAGAAGGAGUGCCCGGAGAUCGAUCUAACGAGGCCGCCCCCGCCGCCGUCGCCGACGGAGGAUCCGUUGUUGUUGAGGGGGCGGCCGGGGAAGGGCAGGGGGAGGAUGGGGGGCAUGUCUUUGCCAUUGUCUCCCGAGGCUGCGGGGGGGUCGAGCGCGCAGCCGAUCGUGCUCGACGAAGACGAGGACGUGCAGCCCGCUCUGUUCGCUCACGACUCGACCCCCGCUGCGUUCACCCCGCAACCGCAGUUCGACUUUACCAGCUUGGACGCGGCGAGCGGGGAUGAUUCCGAUAUGGGCGAGGAGGGGGAGUAUACGGGGAAGUAUACCAUGAUGACCGUGCCGACGAAGGACACGGACGGGGCGGGGGAGGGGGGGAGUCCGUAUCCUGCUAAGGUGGCAUUGCAGGAGGAUGUGGAGAUGGAGGUGGAGGUGGAUGUGAGGGUUGGGGUGCCACAAUGUGAGGGUCCGGUUGUGGAUGACGAUUCCGCGAUGCAUGACAACGUCGGUGAGGAGCCUCCGCGGGUCGUUCCAGACCGUAGCCGCACCCGCAGUCCUAGUCCCAGCCCUCGCCCCUCCCAAUUUCAUGCUACCCGACCCCAAGCCCCGCUCCACGACGCAGACGCGGAUAUACCCGCCGACACCGAGGACUUGGACUCCCCCGAGCCCCAUGUCCAUCGCUCGUCCUCCCCGCGCACGUCGGAGCUCGGCGACGACCCCGUGUUCGCGCAGAGCGAUGAUUUCUUGCGGGACGUCGAGGUGGGCGAGGAGGGGCGGCAGGAGGAAGAGGAAGAGGAUUCGUUCCGCAAGAUGGGAAAUGUCGGAGGGAGAGAGGAGACGGUGUCGACCGAGCCGGUUGACGAGUCGGCGCAGCCUCCCCUUUCCCGACCCAUCGACCCCCAGCCUCCCAAUCCCCUGCCCGAUCCCCUGCAGACCCCCCUCCCCUUACCCGCCGACAUCCAGCCGCGCGCGCCGUCUCCCCCGCCGGAGGACGACCUCGCGGAGGAAGAAGACGCCGUCGCGAACAUGACGAUGGACGGCCUCAUCGAGCGGAUGGACAGCGCGCUCGCGGACGGGGAGGACUGGGAGGCGGAGCGUACCGUCGACGGGAUCCUGGGGAGGAUGGACGGGGUGCUGAGGGUGUACCGGGAGAGGCGUCGUGCGGGGGUGGGGAGGGGUGGGAGGGGGGACAGGGACAGGAGGAAGUCGUUCCCUGGGCGGGCGUUGAGGCCUGGGGAUCCGAGCUGGGAGGAGGAGGAGGGGGAGAGUGGGCGGGUUGGGUAUGAGGAUACGGAUGAGGAGGAGGAGGAGAUGGUUGAUCGGGAGUUGAGCUCGGAUCCGGUACAGAGUGAUGAGGAUGAGCAGCCUCCCCCUUCCCCUGAUUCCCCACCCACCUCUUUCGAACCCGACCACCUCCAUCAGCCCCGUCAAUCCACCUCAGCAAACAAGGAGGUCGGGCACGUCCUCCCAAGAGAACGCGCCGCGACACCCGAGUUCCUCCGCGCACACAAGGACAAGGUUGUGGUGGGCGCUGCUUACGGCGAGAGCGACGGGGAGGAGAGCGAGGAAACGGAUGAGAGCGUCGUCAAGGUGGUUAGUACGGACCCGCGCGCGGCUGCGCGGGCUGCUGCGAUUUUGAAGAUGCAUGACUACGAGUGGCUGCCCAAGCCGCUCAAGGCUAACCGCUCCCGCUUGAUCGCGGGCGAUUACUUGAAGAGUAUCCGCCGGAAGAGCGUGGGUGCCUCUGGCGUGCGGAAGUCGAGCGAGAGGAAGGGCGUGCUCGGGGAUAGGGUGUAUAUACCCGGGAGCCCGGUGGUGAGUGUGGGUGAGCUGUUGAGGGAGGCGGAGGGGGAGGUGUCGGUUUUGGAGCAGUCGCAUCUGCGCGAUACGAAGCUUCGGGAGAAGUCCCGCUCUCAGGAAGCCGUCAGCAAGGGGAAGAGUAAGGACAGGGAGAAGGGGGGGUGGAGUAAGGACGACUGGAAGCUCCUCGAUGCGUGCUUUACGGACGAGAGAGAGGAGAGGGGUGUCGGCGCGGAUGCGGUGCGCGCUGAGGAUGUCGUCAGGCGGUACCUUGCGCUUGUUGGGCACGCGGAGCCUGACAAGGCGGAGUGGGCCGUCCUCGUCGCCCGCGCCAACGCAUUGAGGAGGAAACAAAGGGAGGGUCGAGGUGCCCCCGGAACGCCGGUCGUGCUCAAGUCCUUCUUGCGGUCUGCCUUCCAGCCCUCUGUAUCUGCGUCUGCGUCCGGUGCUCCGAUGAGCCCCUGGGUAGACGUACCGGAAUUCACGCCCCUCCCUAGGAAGUUUGCGGAUAGGACGAGGGAUGAGGAGCGGUUAGAGAGACCGCGGUUGGCGGCAGCGGUGUUUGGAAGGUCAUACAAGUCGCUGUUGGAGGAGGCGAGGAAGGUCGCUGACGGAGAGCAGGGCGCGGAGUCCAUUGCAGAUGUCAGCGUAGAGUCGACUGCGGAGUCAAAUGGCGACUUGAGCACCAGAGCGGAGUCGGACACAAGCGUGACGUCUGCACCAUCGCCCUCCCCGCCUCCUGCGCCUAAACCUGCGUCGAGGCCCAGUUUUGGUGGUCGCGUCAAGGGCCUGUUGUUCUCGUACCUUCCGACGCUGUCCAAGAAACCCGAGCCGGCGAAACAGCACAAACCUGCUGCACCGGGUAUCCCGCUUCCUCUGCCCCCACCGGAAGUGCUGAACAAGCCACGCGGGCCCGUAAGCACGCCGGGCCCGAAGCCAGUGCCUCGCGCGGCUGCGCCGAAGGUCCCGCUGAAGGAGGUGGAGAAGGCGAAGGCGAGCCGCAUCCCUGUACGGAGGAGGGAGGAGCCGAAGAGAAUGGUGGAGUUGCGGAGUGUGGGGUUGCCAGAGGAGAGGGGGGAUACGAGUGUGAGCAGUGAGAGUAGUGGACGACGGAGCUCAGCCGGGAGUGUGCGAGAUUUGAAGGCUUGGUUUGAGGAGCGGGAACGGGCGGUGAGGGAGGAGGAGGAGAAGAGAAGGGCGGGGUUGAGGAAAGGGCGGGUAUGAGUGCUGGACACAUCCUUGGGUAGCAUGCCUUAUGUUGAGUUCAUCUUUCGCCUGAUGAUAUGCGGAUUAUGUAUGUCUGUAUUUAUGUUGAAAUUGGAUAUGUAGAGCAUUUUGUUUAUGUCUAAACU